GUGAGGAAGAGAGGCUGAGUGGACUGGUUCCAAUGGCACAGAGAAGCUGGUUACAUUAAUGCUUUGAGACUGAACGAGCAGAGGAGUUGAACCUGCAGCAGACUGAGGAGGAUUUCGCGGUGCUCCAGGCUCACAGAAGACGUUCAGACAAGGGCCGGCUGGAAGGUCAUCAGAGUGCGAUUUCCGAAAAAAGAAGACGGAGGAUUUAUUUUCUGUGCAAGUGCCUCUCCAUGAAGCGAGUGACGGUGCAGAGGAUUGGGACAUCACUGCGACCGGGAACACAGACAUCGCAUCAUACCAGAGGCUGAAAGCGUUUGGAUUGACAGGAUGUUGGCUGCCCCCUCAGACACAGCUAUCUCAUGGUUGACUGAGCCAGGAGGCGAAAGACACCGUGGUGCAGGAAAAUCCCAGGAGGCCGGCUGUUUCUGAGAGCCCUGCCGAGAGCCGGGCCCCGAGCUCAUUUCCAGUCCCGCACACCUGGAGUACGGCCGCAGACGCAGCCUCCUCCACUGCUGCUACAGCAUCCUCCUUGACCCCAAUAUGCUGCCCCUCAAGAAGCUAUCAGCGGACCUGGGGAAGCGAGGUUGCGGUGAUAAUGAGGGAGAGAUGGCAGGGUUUGACAGUUUCAACACAGACUUUUACCAGUCCAGCUACAGUGUAGAUGACCAAAACCAGGCAGGCCAAGGCUACACCAACACUGAAAACCCCUACAACAAGCCAUACGCUGGUCAGUAUGACUACUCCCAGCCCAUGGGCUACUCUCCCCCAGAUAUGAUGCAGCCCCAGCAGCCAUACACGGGACAAAUCUUCCAGCCCACACAGACCUACACUCCAGCCCCAUCACAAUCCAUGUACGGUAGCAGCUUCGAUGACGAGCCGCCACUGCUAGAAGAAUUAGGAAUCAACUUUGACCACAUCUGGCAGAAGACACUGACAGUGCUCCAUCCAAUGAAAGUAGCAGACGGCAGCAUCAUGAAUGAGACAGACCUGGCUGGGCCCAUGGUCUUCUGUUUGGCCUUCGGAGCGACACUUCUCCUGUCAGGUAAGAUCCAGUUUGGCUAUGUGUAUGGUAUCAGUGCGAUCGGCUGCCUCGGCAUCUACUGCCUACUCAACCUGAUGAGUAUGACGGGCGUCUCCUUCGGCUGUGUUGCCAGCGUGCUGGGAUACUGCCUCCUCCCCAUGAUCCUCCUCUCCAGCUUCGGAGUCAUCCUCUCUUUACAGGGCAUGGUGGGAAUUAUACUAACGUCAGCAAUCAUUGGCUGGUGCAGUUUCUCGGCCUCAAAGAUCUUCAUCUCGGCGUUGGCCAUGGAUGGGCAGCAGCUGUUGGUUGCUUACCCGUGCGCUCUCUUAUAUGGGGUCUUUGCACUCAUUUCUGUCUUCUAAAGAAAUCAUUGAGUACCAGUUUAAAAUAACCGCUCCCCAGUUUCUGUAAUUUCAGUCUAAUUAUCACCACUGUAAUUAGUGUAAUUAUUGGCCAAUUACACUGUUAUUGCAGAAAAAUGGGAGCUACUGUCUAAAACGGCACCGAGGUAUUUUUCUUUUUUUUUUUUUUUUCUUUUAUAAGCCUCCACCUCUCACUACAUUCUGAAUCGACCAUCUGCAGGCUGGAGUGUAUUGUCUCACUCGUGUCUUCUGUCCGCUUCGUCCCCCUCACACAUCCUAAAGGAGAGGACUGUCAAAUAAGCCAGGUGAAAAAUAACUCUCCUGUGGACCAUGUCGAGCCGUGUACAGUCCUAUGAUUUUAAGGACAUGAGGGGGAAGGAAGUGAGCAAUUAGUUCACACAAUGGAAACCCGAGGAGACAAUUUAAUUUGGACACGGACGGGAAAAGGUUCUCAAUUUCCAAGGACUGAUAACCAACUCUCAACCAACCCUGCAGCCUCACGUGGACCCGGUGGAAACAUCAUGAUUUUCGCAAGCCUUUUUUGGCAAAGCCCUAUAGAUUCCACAGCUGCAAGACUAAGGGAAGCACCCACUUUCCUUCUGCACAAGACUACGGUAGCUCACUCUACUUCUCUACCCAGAACAGGUGGAGGAAAAUGGGGGACCUGUAUCUUCUUUUCUCCAGGACUGAGGAGUCACGGUCUGAUCUUUGGUGUAAAAAAACAGCAGCUCUGCUAUAUCUUAUAUAUUGUUUUAUUAUAUUCUCUUGAAAUUCAUUUGAGUUUUGAUGCCUUUCAAGAAGAAAAACACAGUUUGCACAAAAGCAUUUUUCUAAUUUUCAAAAACCAAUUUGAUUCCAUAUUGAGCAUGAUUAGUCUGAGAGAGAUGCUGUAUAUUUCUAGGUACAAACACGUCUCUAUAUAGGUUGUUGCUAUAGUUUGCAUCCUUUCCAUUUCUUAAAAUCUUUAUAGUUGACUCACUCUGUAUGCUUCGACGUGUCAUCUGUUGUUCAUGUCUUCUCAUGCACAUUAAAGUUGUCUUUGAAAGUUA